AUGUGGAAAAUACCUAGUUUUUCCUGGGUUUACCUCUCCUGUGCAUCGCGAUUCCCUACCUCUUGGUGCAGGGGACCUGGAUGCUUUUGCAUCACUCCAAUGAUUGGUGGUCAUCUGUGGGAACUGGCAAGGUUAGUGGGCCGCUCACAUCACGCUGUUCAGCUUCUCCUACUCUAGGAACAGGAAUCAUGAAGUCAUCCUGCCAUGGCUGAAUCGCCAAGUGAAAUUUCUAGUGGUGUGGAAGGUCUGGAGGCCAGUGACGACGGAAAGAAGAAAUCUAAAUUUAAAUCCUUCAAGACCUUUUUUGGCAAGAAGAAGAAAAAAGAGUUUGAUGAUGCCGAGGGAGGGAUGAUGCUAAAACCAGGCAUGUCCAGCAGCAGUAUUAACAUCUCUUCUCUGAAGCCAGUUCAGGAAGGUCAACAAACUCAGCCUAGGUCCAAAGGCAACCUGGGAAUCAAAGCCAUAUCCCAUGAUAGCAUCUUCAUGUUGAAGCCUGAACCUGAAAAAUCAGCAAGUAAAAUGUGCCUCUCUUCAGAGAUUCAGAGAGGAAGACCUUUGCAGAGAUCUGCAACUACGCUUGGAGCUGUGCCCCAAUAUGUGCCCCGAAGUGGAAUCUGGGCUGCAGACUCCACAAUCACUAAGAGCUUCAGUGAUUUAGCAUCUGGAUCCGAUUGCUCACAGUCCUCGACUGCGUCUGCCGGGCUUGCCUCUCCCAGGAACACCCAGCCGCCUGUUGGUUUCAGCACCCCAGCCACCUCCCAGGGCUGUUUGGAUUCUUCAGCUGCUAGACACAAGAUAGCUUUAAAUCCUCAGAAGACAAAGAACCUUUGGGCAACUGUGAAACCGAGGCAGGAAGAGCCAAGACUUCCACUGGCUUCUGAAGAAGAAAAGAGUACAACCAAACCCGAGGAAGCUGACCUAAAAGAGAUGAAAAAAGACAGUGCAGGACCCCUAAGUCAGGAACAGAGCAGCACUGAGAUUUAUGAUGAGACGACAAAAGAUCAGGCUGCAAACACCGAUGAUGCUGAGAGUGUGGACUACAUAAAGUUAGCAACAUGUGGAAGAAGACGAAGAAAAAGAAUACCAAUUGUUUCUGGACUGAGCAAGUGUAGCGUCAAAGGAAGAACCCUUAAGCAAACCAGUCGAGAUUACAGCCGGGGCUAUAGAGCUGAGUCUUCACCUAUCAUUAAGACUGCCAGGGAUUGGAAUUUCUUUUACCUGUCCUUGGAGAAGCAAGUCAUGAAGCAGCUCACAGCUUCCCAAGCUGAAACUGCCACUCCUCAGGAGUUGCUUUCAGAUGAAGAUGACAUGGGAAGGAGAAAUGCUGACGUAGAUUACAAAGCGAGAAAAGCAUCAGCACCACAAGCCAUACCUGAAGACAUGAAAGAGUCCACGGUGAGUGGUCCACCACCAUACCCUGAAGAUGGGGCUUCUGGAGCCAAGAAGACAGAAGCCAGAGCUUCUCUUUUAUCAAUGACCCAAAAAGAGACCAUUCUCUCACUGGCAGCAGAGUCUCAGGUGUUUAUGGAUCCUUCUCAUAUUCAGUCAGAAAAGGAGGAAGCCUCCAGCUUUGAUUUGCAAAAUGCCCAAUUCAAAAUGGAGUCAACCCAGGAUGUCCCAAGUAUCCGCAAAAAAAAGCCUCCUAGGAAUGUUCUCCAGGCCUUUAUAGCAAGUGUUUCAGGCAUGACAGCAGAGAGAGGAGGCAUUUCUGCAGUGAGUCUGCCUCCCAGAAGCCCAUCCCAGUGCUUGGGGAAGCCUGAAGCUGAAGAAGUCGUCUGCACAGGUUCAGAGAGUACUUCAGAGGAGGAGAGUGGUUCUGAGGAGAAGCUGACUCCUGGACACUCUUUACAGUCCUUGAGGGAGCCUGAAGGGGAGCAAGAAGUCUUCCCAGAAUCAGAAAGCUUAGCUGUAAAAUUAGGCCGUUUUGAACAGCUGCUGGCUACUGGAUACCCUUCCCCGUCCUUGGGGAAGCCUGAAGCUGAAGAAAAUGUCUCCUCUGGUUCAGAGAGCACUCCCGACAAUGGGAGUGGUUCUGAGGAACUGGCUCCCAGUCACCCUUCCCAGUCCUCAGGGAAGCCUGAAGCUGAACAAAUCCUAGAAUCAAAAAGUUUCGGUGUGGAAUUGAGCAGCUCUAAGGGGCAACUGGUUCCCAAGUGGCCUUCCCAGGCUUUACGGGAGCCUAAAGAUGAAGAAGUCUCCACGGAAUCUGAUAGUUAUGCUGAAAAGUUCAGUAGUGUUAAGGAGUUUUGGAACAGCCUGCAAGAAGAUUACCAUCUCAGACAGCCUACCCAGGCCUGGAGGAAGCCCCAAGACCAACAAGAAGUCUCCUCAGUUUCAAAGAACGCUCCUAAAGAGUGGAGUGUUUCUGAGAAGCAGCUGCCUCCUACAUACCCUUCUCAGCCCGUCGUGAGGCCUAUCGUUCAGCAGAAAGUCUCCUCCAGUUCAGUGAGUGCUUCUGCAAAACGGAGCCGUUCUGUGGAGCCAGUGCCUCGCAGACACCCUUCCCAGCCGUGGGUGAGCACUGCAUUUGAGCAAGAAGCCUCGGCAGGUCCAGAGAGCGCUGCUGUUGAGUGGGCCAUUUCUAUGGAGCCACUGCCACCCAGAAUGUCUUCAAAGCACCCAGCGAGGCCUAACGUUGAGCAAAAAGUCUCCUCAGGUCCAGAAAUUACAACUACAGAAGGGGCUGUUUCUAUGGAGGCACUACCUCCCAGACAUCGUUCUCAGCCCCUGAUGAGAGCAGUAGUCAAGGAAGAAGUUUCUGCAGAAAUUACAACUACAGAAGGGGCUUUUUCUAUGGAGGCACUACCUCCCAGACAUCGUUCUCAGCCCCUGAUGAGAGCAGUAGUCAAGGAAGAAGUCUCUGCAGGUACAGAGAGCGCUGCUGUUAAGGGGAGCAUUGCUGUGGAGCCAAGUCCUACCACACACCCUUUCCAGCCACGGAUGAGCCCUGCAUUUGAGCAACAAGUCUCUGCAGAGAGUGUUGCCUUUGAGAGGGACAUUUCUGUGGAGCUGCUGCUUCUCAGACAUCCUUCCUGGUCCAUUGUAAAACGUGAAGUCCAGAAAAUAUCCUCCAAUUUGGAGAGUGCUGCUGUUGAAUGGGGCGUUUCUGAGAGUCCACUACCUCCCGAAUAUCCCACCCAGUUCUCAGUGAGGUCUAAAGUUCAGGAAAUGUCUGCACAUCUAGAGAACAUGGCUGUUGAAAAAAGCAUUCCUAAGAAAUCGCUGCAUCCCAGUCCUUCCCAGUCAUUCGUGAAGUUUAUGGCACAGCACGUCUUUUCAAAGAGCCCUGCUACUGAGGGGGGCCUUUAUGUGGAUCCUCUGCCUCCAGAACAUCUUUUCAAAUCUUUGUUGUGGUCUGAAGCUGAGCACCAAACUAUCUCAGAUGAGGAGAGAGCUGACCCUGAGGGAGGCAUUUCUUUGAAGAUGCUGCCUAUGAAACACACUUUACAGUCCUUGGGGAAGCCCAAAGACCCGCAAGAAGUUUUCUCAUAUUCAGAGAGUGAUCCUGUGAAAGAGAGCAGUUCUAAAGAGCAGCUGCCUCCCAAACAGCUUUCCCAGGCCUUGAGGAAGCUGGAGUACAAGCAAAAAGUCUCAGUUUCUGACAGAUCUCCUGAAGAGAGGAAGAGCUCUGAAGAGCGGCUGCCUUCCAGACGCCCGUUUCAAGCCCUGGGUAGGUCUGAAUUCCAGUCACAGAUCUUCUCAACAGGCUCGGCAAAUGUACCUCUGGAGUGGAGCAGUCGUAAGGAACACCUGCCUGCCAGUCACGCUUUCCAGGCUUUUGGAGACCCUGAAUAUCAGCAACAGGGUUAUUCAAGUUCCGUGAGUGCUGCGGCUGAGGGAACCAUUUCUGAGAGAAAUUCUGGCAGCCAGUCCCUACCAGAAGGCCAUCCUUCUCCAUACAAAACCAAGAAACACAGCCAAGUCUCCAAAGACCUUCCUAAGAACAUCACUACCCCUGCUACCAGACCUGGGAAGCUCACCAUUGCUCCUGCCUGGGGCGUUUCUGAGAGCACUUACUCUGCGAAGGAAGUUCUUGAGAGUGGUGAUGGAGAUAACAGCCGCUCAAGCUCACCCACCAUGCAGGCUGAUAUUGAAAACUGUUUUGGAGUUCAACUGAGAAAAACCCCUUCCUUGCAAAAGCCUAAGAUCGAGAAACACUUCACCCACUUUCCUUCACUGACCUUGCGCCCAGUUUCAUCCUCUGCGGGUAGAGAAAAGAAAGUCAGAGGAAAAGUUUCCGAGAGGCUCAUGGACACCAUAGACAAGCUCACCACAGUAUCUAAGUUUGCAGAGAAGCCACAGAGCAGGCCCAAAUUUGAACACAUGGCCAAGAAGCAGCCUGCUUACAAGACCCCAGGAAAGCCUUCUGGUCAACAGCUGGGUUAUGCCAUCUCAGAGCCAGAUUGGAUAACCACGGUAAAGGAGAGGAAGAGGGAUUUCGAGGCCUGCAUUCCUAUAAAAGAGCCGAAAUUCAAGAGCAGAGCUGGAGCCAAGGCAGUGACUAAGGAGCCUAGAUAUAGGGGAGCUGGCACUGCAAACAAAAACCAACAAAGAAGCAUUAUCAUUUCUGAUGUCCGUAGACAGGAGAAGACGCAGAUGAAGCCACCUGCAUCUACCAAAUCAGUUGCAUUUGAUGAUCAGAAGAUAUAUCAAGUGCCUGACGUGAAAAAAAAAACCAAACGAUCUUCAACUCUCCCAGCUGAGCCGGCUGAGCCUGUCUGGUUCUCUGUGGCCAAGAAGAAAGCCGAAGCAUGGAGCCACAUAACAGAGAGCAUGAUGGAGCAGUAG